GCAAUCGCCACCUGUCCGUGAUUGCACGGCGAGUGAUGUCGCAUGUCCUCGAAUGUUGAGCUGAUGCUGCAAAUGUUACAGCCCUGGAUACAGUAAAAUGAAGUUGAAUAAUCUUAGCCAUCCCCCAGGUGAUGAACCAUGGCAACAUAAACUCUCUCGGCUUGCAAGUGACAUUAUUAUUCCAUUUCUAAUACCUGCUUCAACUGCAUUUUUAUUGUGGCUUGCAAAAAGAAAGGAGAAUGCAAACCACCAAAAAGAAGAAGAUUUACAGCGUCAGAUUGUUGAAUUAAAAUCACGUGAAGAUGAACUUGAUGCUAGAGAUACCCAAGCUUCUUUUUACAAGUUUCUACAAGAGGAAGAUGCUGAGUAUAGGAAAAUAAACCAAGACCUUGAUAAAAUAGCAACUGGCCUUAAAGACAGACAAGAUAUUUACUGCAGUGUAUUUAAAAAGAAGGAAGAUCGCAUCAAGAUCGAAUCCCAGCUUCUUGAAUUUGCGUACUCCAGGCCAUAUGAUAAGAACUUGAAAUUAUAUCGUGGAUUGAAUGAAAUAUUUGCCAAAGACACGCACUGUGGCAGCAGUCGUGACGAGAAUGGUUGUUUAAUGUGGGUGUGGCUUGACUUCUGGAGGAUGAAUUCUAAGCUAUUAAAAUAUGAGAAAGCUUCAGAAAAAAUACUAAAUAAAUUAUUGUAAUCAGGAAUAAAAUAAAGAUAAUAGUAUCAUUGAGAUCUAAUAUACUGUAAUACUAAAAUAAUAAUUUAUUUAUUACUAAACAGACGUUUUGAUGUACAGUAUGCAUGUGUUCAACUGAUGUAAAUGUGUACUUCUAAAUGAAUAUUUGUGUUUUAUAUCAGUCUUAGACAUACAUAAUUAAGUUAAUAAUAAAUUUUGUCAAUAGUGAUAUAUCUCAUAUUUUAUCAUGCAACUGUAUAAACUAUAUUUAUUACACAUAUUUUGAGUUGAGAACUAUUUUAUUUAAUUUUAAAGUGACCUUGUAAAUUAUAAUAGCUUUAUGCCAUUUCCAUUUGUUUGGACUUCGAGUUUGUGAUUUUUUGUCCUCUGCAUAAUUAUCUCAGUUAUCAUUCAGUAUUGUUAUUAUUUUUAAAUUGUAUUGUUUUUUGAUGCAAUAAAUGUGAAUAUGCAGUGUUUUUAACAGAAUUGAGAUGGAUGUGCCCUUUAAAUAUGAAUACUGUAUUUUUAAAAUCUUAGCAUGUAAAAUUCUAAAAUUUUAGAGUAUAAAGGAAAUAAGUAAAUUGUAUAAUUUAAGUGGCAGCUAAGCUGGAUGGUUAAAAGGAUGGUUAAUGGUCAUGUAUAUUUAUAGCGCCUUUCACAGUAAAAGAAAAACUUCUCAAGGUGCUGUUAAGCUACAGGAACAAAAAUUAAUAUGGCGAAGGGAAGGAGUAAGGUGCACACCCCUGAUUGAGAUAGCGUCGCCAUCACUACAAACUCCAUGGUCCUAAAUUCAAGUCAUGUGACACCAGGAAUUGUUCUCCCACUAAAUGAUACAGUGGAUUGUCUUCCAAAAAAUGGGAACAAUUUUUGAAGAAAUUUCAUGAAGAAUCUUAACAACCAUGAAAAGCCUGGUACUGUAUACAAACAUUUGCAUUUUGUACUUUACUUUUUGUCGAAGCAGAGGCCAGCAUCUAGGCUCAAACUGCAUUUUUAUCUUGCAGUGAUAUCAAAUUUGUUUAUUGAACAAGAUUGUGCCUAGAGUACGUUAACAGUAAGAGUGUAAUACUGUACCUGGAAUCCUCAGUCUGUAAAAUAUGCAAUGCUGUUGCUAAUCAAGAUGUGAAUUACUGUACUUACAAUUACUAGUUAUAUUGAUGACAAUCAAGAGAUUAGAUUCCAUACAGUACAGUGCAUAAUAGUAUGCUUACUACUGUAAGUAUAUUUUUGUAAUAAUAUACAGCAGCUAUGAACCAGAAUUUCUAUGGUUAGGGAUCUUGUGAUCAUAUUGAUUGGUUGGUAAUAAAAUUUAAAAAAAAGUGAAAUACAGUA